UUUAUUUCUUUUUAGCAUUAAUUUCUUUUUAGAAAAAUGUGUGACAUGGUCCAAUUCUUACUGUAGCAAAAACUGAGGAUGUAUAAUCCGCUCGAGCUCGGCAUGCUCUCGGACCGACCCAGUGCUCGGUGCCGACCGGGAAGAACGCGGAGGCGUGGGACUCAUUUCCACCGGAUCGGCGGCCUUGGCAAUCACGUCGGCGCCUUCCUCUCCGUCUCGUCCAGCACUUGGAGCCUCCGCUCGUCCGGGGCUGCACUGCGUCCUACCCUGCCUAGGUGCCGGAAGGGCGUCUUGUGGUUGCUGCCGUUAGUUGCUGCACCGAGAGGUCUCCGUCACCUGCUACGGCCAGAUCUAGUCGAACCUGUCCUAUGGGUUAUCCACCGCUUCACUCUUCUUCACGUGCACAUGGGCGGAGGAGGCGACGACCCGACCUGCCGAGUAGCUACACAAUGCCCCUGCCCCUGCUCUUCUCCAGCAACAGUCUCCCUUAUGCGCUGAAAAUGAUACACAUGACGAGAAGAGAAGAGAAAGUGCGAAGACUCUGGCCAAUUUACAGAAGCAAAAAAGGAUAAAUCAAAGGAGUUGUAUGAUAUUUUCUACCAUGAUAUAUCCAAGUGCUCGGAAGGAAUGUUGAUUGAUGUUAGUAGAUACACUUGUCUGCAAUGAUAUGACGCACAAGAGCAAUAAGAAGGAUCUGAUGAUGUACUUAUGGGCUGCCGAGCGGAACCACGUAUAGCCAUGUCUCUUUUGCUGCAUCAAGGCCACGUCUAGAUUCAUUGUUGAUUGGUCUUUAUUUUGUUGGUGAGUAAAUUGUAGUGCAGUGAAUAACAUAGAAUGGAUCAGAGAGAUUUUUUAAGUCUAGGUGAAUAACAAAAAAAACUCUUAUCAGAUAUUUGUUUUUGUUCUUGCAUGUUCUGUUGGAAUUGGAGCUCCAACAAAUUACUCAUAUACUCAGAUUAUUUGAGGAUAAAACUGGGUUGAUACUAAAA